GAUCAACACCAUAGUCUCCCCCAAAUAAGAAGAAAAGAUCGUAAAAAGGAAAAAAGCCAACUUGCUUUUCAAAUGGAGGAGGUUGUGAUUAUUGGAGCAGGCAUCGCGGGGCUAGCGACGGCGGUGGCCCUGAAGAAGGUUGGUGUGCGAGCACUGGUGCUGGAGAGAGCGGAGGGGCUGAGAGCCACCGGCGCGGCCUUGGGCCUCUUCCCCAACGCCUGGCAUGCACUCGACGCACUCGGGGUUUCAGAUAAGCUCACCUCCCUUUACGCACCUUUUUCCAAGGGUUACGUAACCGAUGUGAAGACCAAAGCCAUUCAGGAGGUGCGUUAUGGUGCAAGCAAAGGGAGUGGACAUGAACAAAGAGUGGUACACCGGAAAGUCCUGUUACAGGUCUUAGCAGAGGAAUUGCCUCCAAAUACCAUCCGUUUCUCUUCAAAGCUCACUUCCAUCGAAACCCAAGUGGAACAAGGCUCAUCUAUUUGUAUUCUCGCGCUUGAAGAUGGAACUAUCAUCAAGUCUAAGGUGGUUAUCGGAUGUGAUGGGGUGCAUUCUAAGAUAGCACGUUGGUUAGGGCUCGGCUUGCCCAUUGAUUCAGGCCGCGCCGCAAUUCGCGGGCUGGCCAUGUACCCACAAGGCCAUGGGCUGAACCAUGAGUCUCAGCGAUUCGUGGAUGUCUCAAAGAGGGCUGGUUUUAUGCCUCUGAACAAUAAGGAGAUAUACUGGUACUUUGUUUGCAAAGCUCCUCCAAAAGGUGCCGACAUGGGAGGAGACCCAAAUUUACUACUAAGAGAAGUGACUGACAAUCUAGCCAAAGACUUUCCUCCAUUGUACCUUGACAUCGUUGGCCACUCCGACCAUGCCACCUUGACGUGGGCCCCAUUGAUGUUUCGCUAUCCGUGGGAUGUCAUCCUCGGGAACCUGACCCGGGUGAACGUCACGGUGGCCGGAGACGCGAUGCACCCCAUGACCCCGGACUUGGGGCAAGGCGGGUGUUUGGCCCUCGAGGACGCGGUCGUGUUGGGUCGGCACAUUGGAAGCUCGAUGUCCAAACGGGGCGAACUCGAGACGCGUAAUAUUGGGUUCGUCCUCAAGAGGUACACGAGGGAGAGGAGGUGGAGGGCGGCGACGUUGAUCACGGCAUCGUUCUUGUCGGGUUGGGUUCAGCAGGAUGGGUCUAGUUGGUGGAUGAGGUUCCUAAGAGACGUAUUCUAUAAGUUUCUAUUGGUUAGAGCCCUUAGUGCUAACCGCUAUGAUUGCGGCAAACUUUGCUAGUAUCUCCUCUUUGCCUUAUGUUGAGUUCUAAAUUUGUCAAUUGAACCACUGCAUUCAUAAAUAAACUUUUGAAAGAAAUUGCAAUCAAGUCCUC